AGCAAGCGGUGCGGCGGGACCUCUUCGCAGUGCGGGCAGAGGAGGAGGUGUCGGAAAGGAAGGACCGAGACACACGACCGACAAUAAUAAUAUUACGAGGCUGCAUGCGGAGCUUUCACAUUUACGGGCAACGCGGGACCGAUAAUCAAAGGAUGGGAAGGAACGAGUGCGGUGGUUUUUACGUUGAAACCCUGCCCGUCCCAACCGAGUGCCGACCUCUUCUUUUUUACCUCAGGUUUAUGCGGGAGCGUCUAGCUUGAAGAAAGUUAGCAAGCUAACAGCGAAGCUAGCUUAGCGCCCAGGCUUGCGCGUCUGCCUUUAUCGUGGCCCGUCACCAACCUGCGAGCUAGCGUCCAUUGAAAGCACAGGGAAAGGAAAAUGGUGUACCUCUUGAAUCCUAUAGAGAACCUGAGAGGCUACAUCAACAACCGUCCACCACUGGUCAUUUUUAUGGUCAGUGUCAGUGCCGUGGCCAUCGCCUUUCUGACCAUUGGUUACUUCUUCAAGAUUAAGGAGAUUAAGUCCCCAGAAUUGACAGAGGACUGGAACACAUUUCUGCUGCGCUUUAAUGAACUGGACCUUUGUGUGUCAGAGAACGAAACACUUAAGCAUGGCCUGAAUGACUCCACCACACCAGAGAACAUGGUGGUGACCAGUGGCCAGGCUCGUCCCGGCACGCAGGCUCCUCUCCUGUUGGAGGACUCUGGUCCCAUCAAUAUCUCAGUUCCCAUUACACUCACACUGGACCCACAGCGGCCAUUUGGGGGCUAUUCUCGCAACAUCACCCACCUGUAUGCCACAGUACUGGGGCACCAGGUUGGCCUAACUGGCCGGGAAGGUCAUGAGGAAAUGAACAUCACUUUCUCCCUGCCUGUGUCCUGGAACUCUGACGACUGUGUACUGCAUGGUCAUUGUGAACAGGUGGUAUUCACUACUUGCAUGACCAUCACAGCAGCCAGCAAUAUCUUCCCUGUCACAGUGCAGCCACCCCACUGCGUGCCUGAGACGUACACCAAUGCCACCUCCUGGUACAAGCUGUUCACCACAGCUCGUGACUCAGAUACCAAGUACAGUCAGGAUUAUAACCCCUUCUGGUGUUACAAAGGAGCCAUUGGCAAGGUGUACCACGCACUCAACCCUAAACUUACUGUCAUUGUUCCUGAUGAUGACCGUUCUCUGAUCAACCUGCACCUGAUGCAUACUAGCUACUUCCUGUUCGUCAUGGUCAUCACCAUGUUCUGCUAUGCAGUUAUCAAGGGCCGGCCAGGAAAAGUACGGCAAACCAACCCUGACUUCUGCCCUGAAAAGGUAAGAUGGCAUUGUCUGAUGCUUAAGAAGAGAUCGAAGAGUCAUGACAGAACUGAGAUAUAACACGGGCAAGCUUGAAGAAAUAGAAAUAUACAUACCAGUUGCCGAGUGAAUCCUGGAAAGAUGAAUGAGGGACACAAACUCUGUGAAUGCAUUUCUUUUGCAAUGUUGGGUUUUUCCAACCAAAGAUAUAUAAGUGCCUGUUAUCUAUGGUGUAAAUAUUUGAAGACAUUAUUAUUUUAUUUCAUUUUGUCUAAUUUUUUUGCCCGAGUCCCUUUGUGCCAUCUCUGAAUAUACAUGCAGUAUGUCAACAGAUUGGCCACAUUCAAGAACUGCUCACCCUUUCACCAGUCACUGGACCUCAUUUACUGAGAGAUUUAAAUUACUGUCUUUAGGUCUCAUCAAGCAACCACCCCGAUAAUAGUUUAGACAAGCACUGAAUUCACCAAAUGUUAUGAUUAUUUGAUUUGUAUAUUUAUCCUGAAGUGAACAAUGCAUGAAGUUAAGAAAUUGAUUUUAUAACUGGGCAAAGUCAUUUGACUAGUACUGUAAUUUUAAUAAAGUAAAGUUCUGGAGUAGUGCAUGGUAUUUUCCUACACCAGCACUACCAACACAAAUAAUCAACAACAGAACUGUAACAUUUUCAGAGCUCAUUUGGACAUAGUAUACAAUAGUUAAAUUGAAGGAAGCUCUAUGCAGCUUUUAUCAGUGUGCCUGAUCAUUUCUCUCACAUGCUGUUGCCGAUUCUGCCAGCACUGUCAAAAUCAUUAAUGGUUCACAAUUAAGAUUUCAAGCCCUCUUGUUUUAAUACUGGCCCUUUAUAGACAGGACAGUAGAGAUGGAUGGGAAACUCGGGGGUAAAGAGAGACGAGUAAGACCUGCAGCAAAGGUCUUGUGGCAGAUAGAUCAGGCCCGAGUCUACAUGAUAGCCUCUCAACCGGCUGGACUUUUUUUUUUUUUUUAAUUUCACAUUGAAUAUAAUGAACAGUGCAUUUACUGUAAAUGUUUGCUGCCUCUAACUGUUUAGUACUUUAUGUACGGAGAUAAGUGGGUGUAUAAUACCUGUCGUAUAAACAGAUGUAACAAACACAUUUAAAAUUCAUCAAGGUAGCAUGAGGUAAACGGCCAUCUCUCUCAAAUGUAAGAUCUCGUAUCUGCAGUGCACACAUAAACUUACAACCACCAUUCAGUUCAAAUUAAGGUAAAUGAGGUCCACUGUCAUGAUUUCACCCUAUUGUGACUUCAUUGCAAUCCCAUUUUUGGGGGUGAUUCAAAAAAAACAAAACAUAUCUUUCUAUGGUGACUGAUGAAAUUUUUUUUUUCUUAGACAAGUGGAUGUCAUCACACUGAAAAUACUGCUUUCUGCCUUUAUAUCCUCUUACUCAGCUUCUUCAUCAUCCACUUGCCAUUUUCCUUUUACUUGCUAUACUAUUGGCUGCAGCGCAGAUUUGUUUCUAGCACAAGAAGGUAUGUGCAAGUUCAUGGUGAUAUAGGCAUAUAUUAUGUUUCUAACAGCCAAGGUUUUUGCACAGGGAUGAAGGAAGAUUUGGUUUUGCUUUACCUUGAAGGGACUUUGUUGUUUCAAAAGGUCUUGGAUAGCACUUUCUUUUAUAAUCAUCCUAUUGGGUUUCUCUCUUCCAGUUUAGCCUGUGGAAAUUCAACUUGUGAUCCCUUUGUUGUAAUGUUUUAAAUAUCGAAUGGCCCUUGAAUUAUUGAAUUUGAGGAUAAGUUGAUUUCAUUAAGCUAUUUAAGUGAAUGCAUAUCAGUUUUACAUGGCAAGUGUGUAUCAUACUCAAUAUUUUGAGCACCUUUUGAAUCGUCGCACAUACUUUGCUGCAGAAUAAUCUACAAGUGAAUUUGCAUCCCUACACAGUAUUCCAUCAAAUUAUUUAUUCCUUUUUAAAUGUAUGAAGCUGCAAAGUUCAAGUUAAAACCUGUUUUUCAAAAAAUACUCCCUUUACUAGAUAAAAUAGGAAAAUACCCCGUUUUAGAUUAUUAUGUAGCAAAAUAAAAUGUGCCUGACUUGGGUAUACAGAUCUUGUAGAGAUGGAAAGAUUGCAGGACAUUGUGGAAUUGAAGGCGGCCUUCGACUGUUUUGUUUAUUUUUAUUUUUUUUGGCUGGGCACAUGCUCACCCCCCGUGUGCUUUCCAUAAACCGUCUCACACGUUCUCUUGAAUGGUUGGGACCUUUAUUCCUUCUUAUUCACUAAGUCAGUUUAGCCUCCAGGGUGAAACCAAUGCUUUUUUUGAUAGUGGUCUGUAAUUUCAGGGCACCGCUGACAAUCAUAUUCCAAAACCCACUCAUGUUUUCAUGUAUUAACAACCUCAUAUUAGACUUAAAAAAAACUCAUCUUAGAGAAACCAAACAUUUGAAUUUCCUUGAUUUUAGUUUGCUAUGGGUUUGAUUAUAGGGGGUGAUUGAAAAUGACAGAAUCCUCACAUAUUUAACAUCUCAACACGCGACAUGCACCAAAAUAAAUCUGACAAAAUCAGCUGUUGGCUCUUUUAAUAAGCUUAGUUUAUUAAUGUUGUGCCCUUAGAAGAAAACCCAGGCUUCUUGCACCGUUUGUGCCAGAGUUAGCGUAGUGUUGAGUCCCGCUUUAAACCUGACGCCUGUGCCGCUGCCCUUCCUCUGCAACCCUCUGCAGCCCUCCUGCUCUUCUCAGUUAGGAAAUUUUGGGGGUGGGGGUACUGAGGCAGUUUAGACUGCCUGUUCUAAAAAGAACAGAAAAAAACCCAAGUCCACCUUGACUCUGUUCCUCUAGUAGCUGAUCAGUUUUGUUCCAUGAUGUACCUAUUGAAUGUACUUUUAUAAAGUAACAUCAUUUACAGCUGAGAUGCAACAAUAAUGCAACAAAUAGUAUCAAAGUAAAAACUAAAUGCUAGUUUGCUGAUGGUUUUUUUUUCUUUUCCUAUAUACUAUUUUUGAACCUUGUGCUGAUUUUCAGUUUGUUGUGGACAGAACAGUACUCUUAUAAGGGUGAUCUCUUUCAACGGCAAGAACUUAGGUCUUUUCCCUUUGUUCUGAAGACAUUAUACAUUUUUGAUUGAUUUAUUUAAUGUGAUUAUUAUUUGUGAAUGAGUGAAUCGUGUUUAUGUGUUGCUCUCAAGGGUUCUGGCAACUGUUUAAUUUUCCAAUACUGAAUAAUCUUGCUAUGCUAAGUCUUCCUAGUUCGGAAAUUCACCACAUCUGGGUUUGCAUAUGUUGGCGCUUUUUAUCAUUGUUUAUCCAGCCGAAGGCUGUCAGUGUUUGACUAAGCCAAGCGUCAGUGGUUUCAGCUCACUGCAGACUAGACAUGUUGGUCGGCUCUGUGAAUGAAGAAAACCGAAGUCAGUAGCAAAGCAUGCCAUUUUAUUGCCAAACCAUCGUCCUUAAUGUCACUAUCCUGCAUUUCCCUUCCGCCCGUUCCUUCUUAUGAUUUCAUUUAGUGGUUUUCUAUGGUUAUAAUAAUUGCACCGCCAUAUUACAAAUUGCCUUAAUAUUGUGCAAUUUGUUUGAGGAUUACUCUGUGCUUAUUGAUAGGUGUGUUAGUUUCACGUGUGAUAUUCCACAAUAUAAAACUCACUGGUUUUACAAUAAAAUAAUGAAUCCUUGA